ACAAUGCCGAUGGCUACUUCGCAAUUGAAAAAACCUGAAGUCAAAACUGGAUCGUGGUCAAGUAUCUUCAAUUCCUCUGAGCAACUGAAUGAGACCCAAUCAGCUCUUUUCGUGAAAAAGUUGCUUGCAGUUGCCAUUUCCAGCGUGACAUAUUUACGAGCGGUCUUCCCAGAAAGAUGCUUUGGUGAUCGGUGUUUGGAAGAUUUAAAUUUGAAGAUUUUGCGAGAUGAAGAUGCGUUCCCUGGAUCAAGUCAAGUUAUUCAAUGGGUCAAAGGCUGUUUCAAUGCAAUCGACAAAAAAUAUUUCUAUUUGAAUGCAAGUGACCCUGAUGUAAGUAAAAGAGAAUCAGAUAAUAUUAUUAAUUACAGUUCUACUGGUAUUAACAUUUCAGUUGGUAUUAAGACGGUGAUUGAAACAUAUACCUUCAAGUUUGAUUACUACUGUGAUGGAAUAAACAUAUACCGUAAUGGCGAAGAAAUCGCAUCAGAAAAACAAGCAAAGACUUCAGAUGAGACGAAACGAGCCACAAUCCGUCUCUUAAGAACUCUUGUGCUUUUGACUCAAACUUUAAAAUCUCUGCCUGAUGAUGUGAUGAUGACAAUGAAAAUUCUCUACUACGACGAUGUCACACCACCCGACUAUCAGCCACCGGGAUUUGAGGUAUGCUAAGCAACUACAUGCAAUCAUGGAUUCUUGAAGCUAGGG